UCCCAGCACCAUCCGUCCGUCCGUCCGCCGCCACGCCACUUCUUAUCGCCAAAACCCCUAUAUAAACCCCCUCAUGCCUCGCUCAUUCCACUCACAGAACACAACGAGCUUCGAGCUUUCUAAGCAUCUUCUUCUUUACUUGGCUAGUUGAGUAGGGAAGAACUUUUGGGUUGAACUCGCAUGGCGGUGUCGGCGAUAAUAGCGAUCCUGGUCGUGUCUUGUGCCGCCUUUACUUUGGCGGCGGCGGCGGCGAGCUUCGACAAGGAGUUCGACAUCACGUGGGGCGACGGGCGCGGGAAGAUCCUGAACAACGGGGAGCUCCUGACGCUGGCGCUGGACCGGACCUCCGGCUCCGGGUUCCAGUCCAAGCGCGAGUACCUCUUCGGCAAGAUCGACAUGCAGCUCAAGCUCGUCCCCGGCAACUCCGCCGGCACCGUCACCGCCUACUACUUGUCGUCGCAGGGGCCGACGCACGACGAGAUCGACUUCGAGUUCUUGGGAAACGUGACGGGCGAGCCGUACACGCUGCACACCAACGUGUUCACGCAGGGGCAGGGCAACCGGGAGAUGCAGUUCCGCCUCUGGUACGACCCCACCAAGGACUUCCACACCUACUCCAUCCUCUGGAACCCCAAGCACAUCAUCUUCAUGGUGGACGACAUGCCGAUCAGGGACUUCAGGAACCUGGAGGGGAAAGGGAUCGCGUUCCCCAAGUCGCAGCCGAUGCGGCUCUACUCCAGCCUGUGGAACGCCGACGACUGGGCCACGCAGGGCGGCCGCGUCAAGACGGACUGGUCGCACGCGCCCUUCUCGGCAUCCUACCGCGGCUUCAGGGCGGACGCGUGCGUCGUGGUGGCCGCGGCGGGGGGCAAGACCCGCUGCGGCGCCAGCGUCGGCACCGAGGGCACCGCCGCCGUGGCCGGAGACUGGUACAACCAGGAGCUCGACCUCACGCGGCAGCAGCGCAUGCGCUGGGUGCAGAGCAACUACAUGAUCUACAACUACUGCACCGACCCCAAGCGCUUCGCCCAGGGCGUCCCCCCCGCCGAGUGCUCCAUGUGAGCGAGCAAUUCAAGCUGCAGCGGCUUUGGAAAUUUGGAAUGGAUAGUACGUCGAAUCGAUCGCAGGAGAAGGACGGCCGGCCGGAGAUGGGGAAGAUGCUGGAUGGGUGGGUGUCUGUAUACAUAAAUAAGGACUGGUGAUGGGACAAAAUGUGUAAUGUAGCCGGUGGUAUGGUUAGAUUCUCUCCUCUGUUAUCUGUUCGUUCUUUCUUCUCUCGCCCGCAACAACCACGCCCAAUCCGUGUGUGUAAUCGUGCUCACGCUCAAUCCGUGUGUAAUAUAUGCCCCCCUUUCGUUCUUCAUGUGCUA